UUCCCCUUCCAUCAUAUUCAAAUCAGGGCCGUUAAAACCCUAAAACCCUCUCCUUCUUUUCUCUUCAAAUGACCUUCACGCUCUCUCCCUCUCUCUGAGCAUUGAAAUUUCUAACGCUCUCCCUAUGAAGCACACACAGAGAAGAUGCUUGUGGGCUACGGAUUGAAACGGCGGAUAUAAUGGGGAAGACGCACAUGAUGAUAGCAAGAGGAGGCUACGCCCACACCUUUUGCUCCAAAUUCUACAGCCAAUCCGGUUGUAGUGUGAUAAAGAAAGUUGCUGUCGGUUCAAAUACUCACUGGCGUGGAAAAUCGUAUGCGGCAUCUGUUCCUUCUUCCGACGUACCAAGCGAUGCCCAGAGAAGACGCAACAGGGUCUCCAAAGCCGAGCGCCAAGCUAUGGUCCAAUCUUUUGUUAACAAGUAUAGAGAGAUGAAUGCGGGAAAGUUCCCAACUGCUACUGCUGCUAAAAAACAACUGGGUGGCUCUUAUUAUAUUAUGAAAAAGAUCAUUCAGGAGCUAGAAUACAAUUCUAAAAUCCCUCCGUUAGAUAGCAGGAAGAGAAGUCCAUUAACAGAAGCAAAGGAUGGCGAGUCAGUAUUGCCUUAUGGGGCUGAGAACAACUUUUUUGAAGAGGGUAGUCACUCUGAUCUUGCUGCAACACAAAAUCAUAUGCUAAAAGAAGAAACUGAGGAUGUUUCUCAUCCAUGUCUUGAAAUAUCUGAGAAUGUUAAUGCUGAAGAAGUUUCUCCUUCAUGUUUUAAGAAACCAGAGGAUGAUAAAGAGGAAGCUCUGCACAAUGAUUUUGAUUUUGUUCCAGCUGAAAGUCAACUACCAAAAGAAGAAACUGAAGGUGUUUCUCAUCCAUAUCUUGAAAUAUCAGGGAAUGUUAAAAAAAGGGAAGCUCAGGCUGAUCAUUUGGGCUUUGCUACUACUGAAGAUUGUCAGCUGGUUGAGGAAACUAAGAAAGUUCUGCCUCCAUGUCUUGAAAAUGCAGAGGGUAAAAAAGAGCAAGCCGUCUAUGAGGACCUGCCAAAUGCUGAUGGUCUCAAGACUAAAGUGGAGCAAUAUAAAGGGUCCAUUGAAGUAGACAAAGUUGCAGAAGAUACUUCUAGUAGGCAGACAAAUGAUGCAGAAGUUCCAGAGAAAUCAUCUCUGUGGGGAAAUGUGAAGUCAUUUGCAGAAGGCAUCAUCCGCAUCUGGAGAAAAAUGUAAAUGUUUGUCUAGGUGCUUACUUCGAAGGCUUCAGGUGGUUAGCUCAAUUGUUUAGUGUGGACGUUGAAAACAUGAUCAUCAAUUCCAUUUAACUCGUGAAUGUGAAAAGAAAAAAACAUAGAGAGAACAAAAAAUAGAGAGACCGUAUGAGAAUUUGGUUGCAGGUAGUAGAGUUUGUGCCCAUUGCGAUGAUCACACAUUGAGUAAUGUUAUAUACUAACAUUUUUAUGCCACAAAUAUCAUACAAUGCUGAUGUGGCAGGACUGGUUUUUUCUUUUAAUGAGGAUUCAUGGAAGGGUUGGUUGAA